GUUAUACACAGAGGGGUUUAGGCGUAUAAUAGUUGAAAGGCUUGUUGUUAUGGGACCUACCUUGGACUUAGGAAGGUAUUGACACCGGACUGACAAGUAACAUUUUCCUGUAAGCUACAAAUCAUACAUACUGGAACUAGUGUAGAGCCCAUCUAAAGGCGGUUAGCGGGCUUUGGCUUGUGGUGGGUUGUAGUAUACAGUUUGCCUCGCAGCUGCAUGCUAGCGGCGCUGCGUGGGGUAUUUCAGCGCUGGGUCGGCAUGACGACCGAAGUGCAGACUAUGGAGCCGGCGGACACGACCUUGCCAGGAGCACCACCAACUUGUAGCGCCGACUACUCAGCUAGCGCAUCCACACGAAAGCUCAAGCGCACAGCAGGGAGCUCAACCACCGAGGCCGCAGAGAUUAAGCGCCCGCGGACAGCACCAUCGACACCCAUUGACUCAUCCGGGUGUGGAGCUGGUGCUCCUGGCCUUAAGCUUUCGGCCUUCGACACCGACAACGACUCCCGCCUAGCACCCGCUGGGCCCCUUCACGAUAACGCGGCCAGCACCCGUCCAACCGCCACCGCCUCCGCUCCUGCCGCCCUCACCCGCUCAAUGCGCUCCCAGCCCACAGCCUCCACCGCUACCACAUCCGGCGGCUCCGGAACCCAUCACGGCAGUGGCGGCACCCGCCACGGCGCUGUCGGCGGCAGCGGCGCCACCGCCGUCAGCGGCGUGGCCCCGCCAUCCCCCGCAGAAUCACGCGACCCACAUCACCACCAGUACCACCACCACCACCACCCACAGGCGGCGUCUGCAGGUGAAAACAACAGCGGCGGCGGCGCUGCUGCAUCUCGCGGCGGCAGCAGCGCUGGCGGCGGCGGUGGCAGCCGUCACCACACCCCCCACGCCGACGCACACCAGCACGCGCUGUCGCUCGCGCACCACCGCCACGACCCGCUGGAGGAGCAGGUCUUCUCCCCCGGCUUCCACCUGCCUGGCUCCUCCGCCGCCGCCUCACCCGCACCCUCUCACGGCGGAGCGGGCGCUGCUGCGCCCUCAGCUGCACCCACGCCAGGGGUCAGCAGCGGCGGUGAGGGCAAGAGCCUCCCGGAGGCGGAGGCGGCGGCACACGCCCAAGCCGGGGCUGCUGCUGCUGCUGCUGCUGCGGAGGGCAGCGCUGCGGGUGCGGAGGUUGCACGGCGACAGCCGUUAGCAGCUGGGGUGCAUGUGUGCGGCGGGGGCGGUGGCGGGCAGCUGCAUGCCAUUGACUUGAAUGUGGUGGAGGGGGUGGCUGUGGACUCGGAGGACGAUGAGGAGGCGCUGCGGGCGGCGGCUGCGACAGCGGCGGCAGCGAUUGCUGCGGCAGGCGCUGAGGCGGCGAGCGAGGCGGGUGCGGGUGCGGUGGGUGGUGAGGCGGUGGCGGUGAAGCCGGUUGGGGCGGGCGUGGCAUUGGUGGCCGGCGGGCGGCCUGGGCCUGGGAGAGGGCAGGAAGGGGAGGCAGCGGCUGCGGAGGAGGAGGUGGAGGAGGGUGAUGAGUUCGAGGGUGGCAAUGAUGAGAACGCGCCGGCGGGCUGGGCGGUGGCGGCGGCGACGGUGCCGGCGGUAGCGGGCGCGGUGCCGCCUCCUCCGCAAGGCGCGCAACUUCGGACCCGCGUCCAUGUCGCUCAGCAGCAGCAGCAGGGGGUGCAGCAGCAGCAGCAGCAGCGGCCUCGGGACCAGGUGCUGGUGGCAUCGGCGCCCAGGGCUCUGGCAGUGGCCGUUGCAACCGCCAUGCAACAACAACAGCAGCAGCAGCUGCCAACAGGAGCAGCAGCUGCAGAAGACGAAGAGCCGGAGGAGGAGGCCGAGGAGGAAGACGAUGAGGCGGCUGCUGAGGAGGAAGACGAGGAAGAGGCUUUCCUGGAGUUCGACCCGCUUCUCUUCAUCAAGCAGCUCCCGCCCCUGGAGUCCUGUGUCCCGCCCAACCGCACGCCGCUGCUCCCCCCCAUGACGCACCACCAACCGCAGCCCCUGCUGCCCUCCUCCUCCGCCGCUGCUUCCCAUGCUGCUGCGGCCCGUGUUGCCCAUGCGGCCGGACCCGGCAGCAGCGGCACCAAGCGGCCGCUGAAGACGCUGGUUCUGGAUCUAGACGAGACGCUGGUUCACUCCUCCCUGGAGGCGGUGGAUCGCUCCGACUUCUCCUUCCCGGUGCUCUUCAAUGGCAUGGAGCACACGGUGUUUGUACGGCAGCGGCCGUACCUGCGGGAUUUCAUGGUCCGCGUGUCCGCGCUGUUUGAGGUGGUGGUGUUCACCGCCAGCCAGCGCAUCUACGCGGAGCGGCUGCUGGACAUCUUGGAUCCGGGCAGCGAACUGGUACGGCACCGCAUCUACCGAGACAGCUGCGUGGUGGUGGACGGCAACUACCUCAAGGACUUGUCGGUGCUGGGUCGCGACCUGGCGCACACCGUCAUCGUGGAUAACUCGCCGCAGGCAUUCGGAUUCCAGGUUGACAACGGCAUCCCCAUUGAGUCCUGGUACGACGACGAGGCGGACCGUGAGCUGCUCAAGCUGCUGCCCUUCCUGGAGGCGCUGGCGGGGGAGGAGGUGGCGGACGUGCGGCCUCGCAUUCGGGCGCAGUUCCGACUGCGGGAGCUCAUCGACCGGGCGUGAGAGGGGGC